AUGACCAUGCCUCGGCAACAUCAACGUCCUACUCAAUGCAAUGAUAAUUCUAGUCCGUCUGAAGAUGAGCCUGGAACCAUGCACACUAGCAUGACACCAUCACGAGAUACAGACUCUGAAAUUGAAAUCGACAUGAACAUGUCUUGGGAGGAACUCUACAAAAAUGCUCGAAAAGCACAAUCCAAGGCAAAUGUAGCUAUUGCGGAGGUCAAAGCAACUCGUCGAAAAGCAACCGAGACUGCUGAAAGCCCUGCAAAACGGCCAAAGAUCACAACAUCAGACGUGCAAGAGAAUAUCAAAAUCAUUGAGCAUUAUGGUCGGAAAUUCCUUGUCACCCAUCUACUCUGGCUGCAUGGCAAUAUAAAAACGACCUUCGAAACAGAUAUCGACGAUGGGUAUCAAGAUGCUGAGCGAUUCGAAAACACGGAAACAAUGAUUCAAGGGCAGUUGCGAGAUAUCUGUGAUGUCCUUCCACAGAAAUACCACAAUGAUUUGAGUCGCAGCUGGCUGAGACGUGCAGUUCGUACUCCACCUUGUGCUACAAUGGGUAUUUUAAUACGCACUCGAUGUGGCCCAACAAUUUUUAAUUGCACCGAAGCCGAUAUGAAAUCAGCAGAUUAUCGACGAGAACAUUUUGGUACCCAGAUAGGCUGGACGACAAAUGAUAGUGGUGAAUGCGCUGUUGCACAACCAUGGCAAGGCGAGCAGGACAUAAAUACUAUAUUUCUAAACCCGAAGCUUAUGAUGGUUGUUAGCGCCAUCAUUCGAGGACCUGCAUCUGUGGUUUCUAUGAGCGAGGGUAGGGGCUCCGCAUCGUCUCGCAACAAUGAAACACUUGAUGUCAAAUGGGGGCUAGACCACACCACCCCUGGGAUGAUUGCAGCUGGCGCAAUCCUUGCACGAUGGGCUGCAUCCGUUGAUGCUCUUCUGACUGACCGAGGGGCACAGACCGGAAUCAGAUGGAGGGAUGAUUUUGAGGACUACCUAAAGUACCUGUUCAAUGGGCUCAGACUACGCAAGGCCAGUGUCCUCAAAAUAUUCCGUGAAUGGGACAAAGUAUUGUUUCCAUCCUCGUCAACUGGGUUUGGGGGGCGUCAGGCACGUAACGACAGAGAUUCGAGAAUGAAGACCAUGAUGGAUUCUCUAGAAGAUGAUAUCGAAGUGGAGGGAACGGACGUGCAUAAUAUCCCGUAUGAUACGGGCCAGCGGACCAUGGGCCCAUGA